AGGAUUACGUGCUGUCUCCGUCGGGUGUCGCUCGGAUAUCUGAAGUUCGAGCUGAUCCGUGGGAUUCUGCCUCUUCUCCCGAAGCUGUUCCGGUGAAAGUCGUGCUCCCUGAUUUGAGGACAACCUCGGAUCCGGAUCAGCGCAAAAGGAAGGGCAGCACUCUUUUGAGGCCUUCUGCGCAUCCGAAGAAAGCGAAAGCUUCUCAGUCUUCGGAGAAGGAAGAAGUUUCGGAAGUCAUGCCUCCUCCAAAAAAUCUCCUUCACUUCAUGCCCUUGCCAGGGCAGAAGUUGAAGAGUGUGGUGGUUGCGGAACCGCCGCCCGUGGACCAACCGUUGGCCGAGGAAGAUACCAUCCCCUCUCCGCUGAAGCCGUCUGCUGCUUUGGGGAUCGAGAUCCAGGAUAUAACCAAGGUGAUGGAGGCAAUUGAAGCCGACCUUGUUCCUGGCUCGGAUGUCCCUACUGUGGCCGAGCGGAAGGAAGAAUCUGCUGACGUUUCUCUCGCAAGGGAGAGAAGUCCAGAUAAGGAGAUGGUGGAUCUCACCGAGGCUCACAUGGAGGUUCCCGAAGCUGAGAAGGAGGUCCCUUCUGCUGAGAAGGAGCAACCCGAGCAGGGUCUGACGAGGAAGAGGCGUCACUCGACCUUGGGCUCUACUUCGACCUCGGCCCUGGAUAGACUGAUCCACGCUGACCCUUGCUCGGAUGUUCCGCUGAAACGGAUCCCCGAGGAGGUAAGGGAGGCGAUGGCUCGCUAUGCUAGGGCUCCGGUUUUGGGGGAGAACCCCAUGGCUCACGUGGGAUCUUUGGUGGGUCCCGAAGCUGCACGGGAGAAUCUUCUUCGGGCCAACCCGCAGUGGAGGGUUCCUGGAGCUGAGGAGAGGAACCCAGCUAUGAUGGCUCAGUAUUAUCUGAAUGAGGCUGUUUUCUGGUCCUCGUUCGCUUCCGAGUGUAGCUCGGUUGAGGAGAGGCAGUUGAGGAGGUAUCAGGAGGCUUAUGCUCGUGAUAUCCCUGUCUUGGACCAGAAGGCUGGGCAGCUCAUGGCCGAGAUGGUGGACCUCAAGCUACUGUACCUUCAGUACAGUCGUGAGGCUAGGGAAUCGGCUGAGCAGAUCGGGGCCGAAGUUGGGAAGCUUACUUUCCGAGUCGAGGAGGAUGCUGAAAAGAUAGCUUCCUUCGACAAGGAGAGGAAAGAAAUGGCUGCCAAGUUUGCGAGCGAACUUGAAGAAAAAGACAGUCUUCUCAAGGAGAUGACGUCUAAAUUUGAGGCGGCCAUUAAGCAGAGCCAGGAAGCGGAGGCGAGGCUUGUUCAGUUUGUUAAGAAUCGAGAGAUUGUUCAGAACCAAGCUGACAAGGUGCCCGUUCUCCAGCUGAAGAUCCGAGAGAAGGAUGCUGCCAUUCGGAAACUGGAGCAAGAGAGAGUUGACCUCUACACUGCUGAUCAGUGUAGGGAGCAAUACUGGAAUGGCAUCCUGGGCGCUCGGCGGAUGUUCGCGAAGCAUAUGCCUCAUUUCCCUUGGAAUGAGAAGGUUCCGCUCUGGAUGAGGGCCCAGGAUCACUUGGUGGAGUGCCAGGCCGAUCGGGACGAAGCUGAAGCUGAACGCCAAGCUGCUCUUGCAGAGGCUCGGGCCCAGAAGGCGACUUCCGAAGGUGAUACUACUGCUGGGGGUUCUUCGAAGGAUGCUCCCCUGGGGGAUGCUCCUGAGACUCCCAGGAGUUAGGGAUUCGGGCAGUCGUCUUCUUCAGAGUCGGUCGGUUCCAGUUGAGGACUUCCGAACAUGUGCUUGCCUUUCCCCCUUUUGCCUCGGCGCUGCGUUGUACUCAUUUCUUUUUGCUUUCUUAGUACUUCGGUAGGCCGGUAUUGUCUGUUGAUGGCUGCCGAUUUUAACUGUUUCAUUUUGUUUUCAAUUUUUGAGGUUUUCAAUGUAUUUGUACUUCCCCCAAAUAUUGAAUAAAAAAUGAAUGUUUGUUA